CUACCUGAUUCUCUCACGUAAAACCCUUUCCCUUCCUUCAGUGUAGUGUUAGUUACAUUGGGCACACCAGCUAGGGUUCCAAGCUCCAUUUUCAUUUGCAAGAUCAGCAUCAACAGUAGGGUUUCAAACCCUCGAAGAUCAAAAUAGUCCGACGAAUAACCCUAGAGAGAGAGAAUCGAGGAGCAAUGUCGUUUAUGCAACAGUUUGGGCGGGCAAAGAAUGUGGCGAACCGAUCCAAGAAGUACUUGGAAGAAGCACUGUACAAGAGGCUGUUCAAGGAUGGUAGCUCUGAGGUCAGUGUCAGACAACAGCUCAAUCAAUUCCUCAAGAGCUCCAAAAGAGUCUACAAAUGGGAGGUUUGUAAAACCCUCAGGACCCUUCGCAGCCGCAACCGUUACUAUCCCGCUUUAAAGCUAUCUGAAUCUAUGGAGAGAAAAAAGGGCAUGAACAAGACAGUCAGCGAUCAAGCAAUACAUCUUGAUCUUGUUGCCAAAACUCGAGGUAUUUCUGCUGCGGAAACUUACUUUAUUGGUCUGCCGGAAACAUCAAAGAACCAUCUCACUUAUGGUACUCUUCUGAACUGUUACUGCAAGGAAUUAAUGACGGAAAAAGCAGAAACUUUAAUGGAAAAGAUGAAAGAACUUAAGUUAGCUUCAAGUCCUAUGUGUUAUAACAGCCUGAUGACCCUCUACACAAAAACUGGCCAGCCAGAAAUGAUCACAGGCAUCAUCCAAGAAAUGAAGGCCUGCGAUGUCAUGCCAGAUUCUUACACCUAUAAUGUCUGGAUGAGGGCUCUUGCAGCUAAGAGUGAUAUUUCUGGGGUCGAAAGGGUUAUUGAUGAGAUGAAGAGGGAUGGCCGAGUUGUGGGUGAUUGGACAACUUAUAGCAAUUUAGCAUCAAUUUAUGUUAAUGCAGGCAUGUUUGAGAAGGCAGAGAAGGCACUCAAGGAAUUGGAGAAGAGAAAUUCCAGCCGAGAUCUUUCCGUUUUCCAGUUUCUUAUUACAUUGUAUGGCCGAACAGGCAAUCUGCUUGAAGUUUAUCGGGUAUGGCGUUCUUUGAGGCUGGCUUUUCGUAAAACUGCAAAUAUAAGCUAUCUGAAUAUGAUUCAAGUGUUGGUUAACUUAAAAGAUUUACCAGGUGCUGAGAAAUGUUUCAGGGAAUGGGAAUGUGGGUGCUCAACUUAUGAUAUUAGGGUUGCGAAUGUCCUUAUAGGAGCUUAUGUUAAAGGGGGUUUAUUAGAGAAAGCUGAAGAGCUCAAGGAGCGGGCCCGGAGGAGAGGGGGCAAGGCUAAUGCUAAAACUUGGGAGAUCUUUUUGGAUUAUUAUUUGAAAAAUGGGGAAUUUAAACCAGCGGCUGAUUGUGUUGAGAAAGCAAUAUCCAUUGGUAGAGGGGAUGGCAAGAAAUGGGUCCCAUCACCUGAGAUUAUUGGGAAUAUGAUGCGGCAUUUUGAGCAAAACAAAGAUGUGGAGGGUGCAGAAAGUUUUCUGGAAAUCCUGAAAAAGGCUGUGGAUGAGGUUGGGGAGGAGGUGUUUCAGUCAUUGAUUAGAACUUAUGCAGCAGCAGGAAAGACAAAUCCUAUAAUGCGUCGCCGGCUGAAGAUGGAGAAUGUGGAGUUGAGCGAGGAAGGUAAGAAGUUGCUUGAUGUGGUGUGCGUGGAAUGAGUUUUGUCCAUUUCUCAUUUUCUUCUCAAAAUUUUAAAAUCUUGACAGAUGAAUCAAAAUGGUUUAUUUACUAUUCUGUUUUAAUAAUGAAAUGGCCCCCUUUUGACUUAUCCUCGAGAAGUUAUAUUGUGUACUUGUCCUUGACUAUCCCAUGGAUUCCGUGGUUUGGAUUGUUGCAAUUUCUGUUAAAUAUGUCCCAUUUAUUUAUUGAAAUUAUACUGUUCAUGAGGAUUAAUUUUUGUAUUCAAAGGCAUUUGUGUGGAAUAAUUAUAGUUCCAGUUUGGGUAA